GCUAUCAUGAAAGCUGGAGUUUCAACGUGGUGUUUUGUACUUGGCACAAAUAUCAGUGGAUUUUGACGAAUUUUGGUGCGAAAAUGGAGGCGAAGACGGAGAAACAUAAGCGGUUCAUCUGUUCUUUUCAAGGUUGUGUCGCUGCGUACAACAAGCAGUGGAAAUUAGAUGCACAUUUAUGUAAACACACGGGGGUGAAGCCGCACACGUGUGAUCAGCAGGACUGCGGUAAGUCCUUCUCCAGCCCGUACCAUUUGGCACGUCACCAGUUGAUCCACAGUGGAGAUAAACCGUUCCCCUGCACCGAGGAGGGCUGCAGCCAAGCGUUCACCACAAACUCCAAUCGCCUCCGCCACAUCGACCGCUUCCACCGCGACACGCAGGAGCCCAGAAUGUACGUGUGCGACUUUGAGGACUGUGGACUUACAUUCAAGAAGAACAAACAGCUCAAGUCCCACAUGUGUGAACAACAUGAGAAACUACCGCCGUAUCAGUGUACUUUCCAAGGUUGUACAAUGAGAUUCACCUUCCCGAGUAAACUGAAGCGUCAUGAGAAGGUGCACAGAGGAUACCCAUGUGCGGAGGAGGGCUGUGCAUUUGUGGGGAAGACGUGGACGGAGUUUACGGCUCACAGGAGGGGGCAGCACCGAACACGUUUCAGCUGUGAGGAGUGUUCUAGAACCUUCAAAGACCAGGCCUGUCUGAAGCAGCACCAGCGCGUUCACAGUGACACGCGCCUGGUGCUCAAAUGUCCCCGAGGAGACUGCGAACGGACCUUCACCACUGCUUUUAACCUCCAGAGCCAUAUAUGGUCCUUCCACGAGGAGCUCCGCCCCUUCACCUGUACUCACCCGGGCUGUGGCCGCAGCUUCUCCAUGAAGCAGAGUCUGAUACGUCACGGAGUCAUGCACGACCCUGAGAGGAAAAAGAUCCGCAAAACACCUCCAAACAAGCGUUCUCUGGCCUCCAGACUGAGUGGGUUCAAGGACCCAAAGAUCUCCAGGAAAACCACUCUAAACCCUGUCCAGAAUGGGCCUUCUACUCGUUCUGGUUUAGAUUCUGGUCCCAGCCUUGUUCCAAAUCCUGAUCUGAAUCCCAAUCCAAAUCCAGUGCAGAAUCCUCAUUCAGUGCAGACUUCGGUUGAGACCCCGGUUCUUUCUCAAAACAAGGAGAUUAUUUUAUUCUCAAAUAAUGCACUAAAGCCCUCAGUCCAGUCUCCUCCGGCCCAGGAUCCUAGCCCUGGUCUGGUCCAGGACUCAGUGGAGUUGGUCUCUCUCCUGCAGGACACCUCUUUACUGUGUGAGACUCAUGUUGCUAAGAGCCUCAGCGCCUCUGUUACUGUCUGAACUCAAAACAGGACUUAUAUUUUAACAUCUCCAAGAAUAAUGGAUAAUUUUAUACUUGAAAACACACUCAUGUUUCUGUAAUUGAAUUAUUAUUAUGGAUUUUCGCAUUUGUGAAUUCACAAACUCUCAAGAGUUCAUCUAUUUUUGUGAAAAAGUAUAAAUAUUUAAAUGUGCAACAGUGAAAACAUUUAAAACUGUGAAGGCAGUAAAAUGUUGUUUAAAAUGAUGUGUAUGUUUUUAAUCUGCUUAGAUGGACAGAAAUUUGGCAUCAACAAUGUUGCAUAAUAAUAACAAUAAUAAUUCAAUUUAGAAGCGUUGUACAGGUGUAUAGCGUGUGGUACAUGCUCUCAAGAUUGUGUCCGUGGAGCAGGACAGGGACAACAGUGUGUCCUCAAAGGUGCUCUCCUGUCCUGUGAUGGUGCUGUGCAGAGGGUGCAGGGGCUUAUCCAGGAUGGACAGGAGCUUGUUUAGAGUCCUCUUCUCAUCUGCAGAUGAGAGUGAGUCAAGAUCUGCUCCCACUGAAGAUCCUGCACCACCAUCUUAUCCAGGCACACACUGUCCUUGUUCUUGAGGCUCCGUCCCCAACACACCACACAGCUGAAGAGAUACUGGAGAUAACUGUCUGGUAGAACAUCAGCAGGAGCACACCACAACAUCUGGGAGGGCAUCUGACACACCACAACAUCUUCAGGUUAACUAGAGACAUUUGACCUGCCCACAUCUUAGUCUAACACUACAGAGACACAGGUUGAUGGGAGGGCAUCUGACACACAGGGAUACAGGAGGACGGGAGCUCACCUCACUACUACUACUACUACUACUACUACUACUACUACUACUACUACUACUACUACUACUACUACUACUACUACUACUACUACUGCUGCUGCUACAACUACCACCACUUGUACCACUACUACACUACUGAUACUUCACGUUUUCCAAGGCUUCUUCCAAGUUCAGAUCUGAUUUCUAAGAUCAUAUUUUUGUAUGAAAGAUCAAUGUGCAUUAUUAUUGACUUAUGGUUCAUUACAAAGAAAACUGUCAGAAUUAGGUUAAUGUAAAGACUGCAAGUAUUUAAGCAAGUAACCUCAGCAAACUACAAAGUAUAAUGGCUCAAAAGUGCUAAGUCUCUGGUUUAGACGUCUUCAAACAUGUUCUGAACUGUCCCUGUGUGUGUUCCUUCAGAUAUGAAUUACUCUGUGUCUUUCGUGUUUUUUCAGUCAUUCAUAGAGUUAUAUAGGCCCCUUUUCCUCCUGAAAUUAUGAUCAGAGGUGAGUAGAGUAGCCAAAAAUUUUUCUCAAGUUAUAGUAAUGUUCCUUGAGAAUAAUAAUAUUCAAAUACAAAGUAGUGGUCCAGUUUUGAAAUUAAUGUAAUUUGAAGUACAAAACCUAAAAUAAUGCUCAAAAUCAAAAUAUUUUUAAAGGAUAAAUAUUAAAUCAGAUCUGAAGGAGCAGCAAGAAACACAAAUGUUCAAAUCAUUUCAUAUUGUCACAUAAAGCUUUUGUCACGACACGACGGUGGUGGGGCUGAUAACGGAGGGGAAUGAAGCGCCCUACAGAGAUGAGGCCCUCAAAAUCAGCAAGCGGUGUGCAACUAACAACUUGGCACUGAACAUCACCAAGACUAAGGAACUCAUCCUGGACUUUCAGCAGAACAGAGCCACCCCCUGACCUGUUGUCUUCUGGCAGGUGCUUCAGGUCAAUUUCAGCCAGAACAAAUAAACUCAGGGACAGCUUCUUCCCCAAACUGUCACCAUCAUGAAUCAUCAUUACACUGAGAACUGUUCAUUAGUUUUAUUUAUUUUGUUGAAUUCUUGCACUUUGAUGGAGCAGCUUUGAAUUUCAUUAUUCUGUAUCAUCACAAUAAAGGCUUUCUGUUCUG